AGACAUCCCAUGACUACCUUACCCUAACAAUAAUCACAUACAUCCGAAGAAUAAUCAGCAAAUCAUCAAAGUCUUCCCGGAAGUCACAAAAAGCGGUUGCUUAACAACAAGCAAGCCAUUUACGACCCCUCGCCUAGCCGCCAUGAAGUCAGUCGUGUUCAAAGGGGUCAAACAGGUGGCUCUUGAAGAUCGGCCAAAGCCCACUAUUCAAGACCCGACCGACAUCAUUGUGAAGGUCAAGUACACAGCUUUGUGUGGAAGCGAGCUUCAUGUCUUCCGUGGGCACCAACCCUCCGGAACCGGCUUCAUUAUGGGCCACGAAUUCACGGGCGUAGUCGAUGAGAUUGGCUCUGCUGUCACGAAGCUUCAACCUGGCGAUUCUAUCGUAAGUCCUUUCACCGUGAGCUGCGGAGAGUGCUUCUUCUGCAAGCGCGGCUUCUCGUCACGAUGUGACAAAAGUCUCCUUUUUGGUACAGUUCCUCUUGAUGGAGCACAGGCUGAAUACGUGAGAAUUCCCUAUGCUGAAAGCACUGUUGUGAAAGCCCCCAAGGAGAUUGAUGACCUGAAACUCUGCUUGAUGGCUGAUAUCUUUCCAACUGGCUGCUAUGCUGCAUCUAAUGGUCUGAAGGACUUGGGUAAAGAGCAGGUGGAGGAUAGUAUUGUCGUCUUAAUCGGUUGCGGACCAGUGGGUAUCUGUGCGCUUAUUGCCGCGUUAGAGUAUAAGCCUAAGGCCAUUCUGGCAGUUGACGGUAUCGAGUCCAGACUAUUACUUGCCAAGAGUCUUGGAGCCGAGCCAUGGAAUUACCUUACCCAGAAAGAUGAAUUGGAAAAGCGAGUAAAGGAACUGAGUGGCGGUCGCGGCGCUGAUGUGAUCAUUGAAGUGGUUGGACAUAGCUCGGCUCUAGAUAUGGGUUUCAAACUUCUUCGGCCAUGGGGCGUCAUCUCUAGUGUUGGUGUUCAUAAUGGAGAGAUUCCAUGGACUGGGAAUCAGGCUUACGGGAAGAACCUGACUAUCAAGAUGGGCAGAUGUCCCGUUCGGAGUAUCUUCGAAGACUCUUUGAAGCUGCUGGCUAAAAAGCAACAUCUCCUUGACUUCAUGACCGCGACGGUAAUGCCGUUGAGCAAUGCUCUUGAGGGCUAUGAGCUGUUCGACUCGAUGAAGGUUCAAAAGGUCAUCUUCGACGCGGAGAAAUAAGAGGUGUAUCUCGAGGCGUUUCCAAGUAUUGUUCAGUUUGCUAGCUUAGAUAAGCAGGUCUGGGUCAAAGUGUAUUGCUGGUCACCAUGCCAUGACUUGACGUCUAGGGAGUUUAGUUUCACAAAUGACUGCCACCUCAUAAUUGACAACAAUUGCCGCUC